AUGUCGGGCCCACCUAGAGUCCGAUCCAUGAAUUUCACGGUUGCCAACCCCGACUCGCGUCCAGUGCUCGUCCCGGCAAGCAAUAAAGUUCAACCCGCAGUCGAUGGACGCAAGCCGAUGAAGAAAUUGAUGCCAGAGACAGAGAAGAAGUUGGAAUACAUCUCCGCUUCUCCUCCGUUUAUUUUGCGCCAACAUGAGCGUCACCAGGGUUUUUCAUCAUAUCAUACCUCUAAUGAAGAAGGAGGAUUAGAACAAUCAAAAUGUGACAGCAAGAUUCAUUCGAUUGUGUUUCUGACCAAAAGGGUACGUUCCACCUUUGGUCUUUGGCGUCCAUGGGGUGUGUUCUUUACUGUCUUUGUUGUUUGUCUUGGUUUGGCAGCUGAGAGAAAAAAAAAGAACAUAGGUUGUUUUGGAUGCUGCAAAAAAACUCCAGAGAUUACUUCAAUGGAUGAAGCUUCUAAAGGACUAAGAGGUCAAGAACAACCAGUGACUAGAAUGGAAGGAUCAGAUGGCUUCUGGAGCAGCAGCACUUUUGAAUUAGACCCCAGUGAAGCUCACUCGCAGAGAAGCAUGUCAUCAAUCGGAAUAUCAAAUAAUCCUUCUGAUCCUCAAAGUAUUGGAGGCAGUCAAAGUGGUCCUCCUGAAUUUGUCAACCAUGGGCUUCUUCUCUGGAACCAGAUAAGGCAACAAUGGGUAGGAAAGAAAGGGUCUGAGAGUAUCACAGAAAUUCAAGAACCAAGAAUAAGUUCCAAUGCAACCUAUGACACCUUACUUGGGAGCAACAAGCCCUUUCCCCAACGCAUUCCUUUGAGAGAAAUGGUUGACUUUCUUGUUGAUGUUUGGGAUCAAGAGGGUUUGUAUGACUGACCAAACAAAAAUGUAAGUUUUUGUUUUUCCAAGGAUUUUGGAGGAGAGGUUAUGUGGAAUUUGUUUGUUGUUACAAUAGCUGUGAAUGGAAUAACUUCAAAAUUUUCGCUUUC